AUGGCCUCACGCCACCUCCUCAACCCCCUCGCACCGCUCGAUCAACCGACGCCGUCCUCGCUCGAUGGAGUUCCUGAGGAGCUGGAGCGAGACUUGCGGGCGUAUGGUGGCAUCCUGAUCCAGCAAGUCGGCGUGAUGCUGAAGGCACCUCAAGUCGUCAUGGCAACCGCGCAGGUCCUGUUCCAGCGCUUCUGGUUCGUCACCUCGCUGAAGCACUUUGGCAUUCGGGACGUCGCAAUGGGCGCCCUCUUCCUUUCGUCGAAGCUGGAGGAGUCGCCCUUGCGGAUACGAGAUAUCAUAAACUGCUUCUCGUACCUCGAAUCGCUCAUCGCCUAUUCCUCGACUCCGCCUUAUCCUCCGCCUUCCUCCUUUGACUCCUACGCCCCGAUGGACUACUUUGCGACCGAGUUCUACGACAUGAAGGACGCGCUCGUCAUCGCCGAGAUGCAAAUCCUAAAGCGGCUGGGCUUCCAGACGCAGUGCGGCCUGCCGUAUGGACACCUCGUCAACUACUUGCAGGUCCUGGAGCUCACGAGCGAGAAGGAGCUCGUACGGCGGUGUUGGGGCUACUGCAACGACAUGCUACAAACGCCUGCACCCGCGCUCUACCCUCAAGGCACCCUCGCCCUCGCCUCGAUCUACCUCUCAGCCCGCCUCUCCUUCCCGCCCAUCGCCCUCCCGCUUGAACCCGUUCCCUGGUGGACGCACUUUGACACGAUCGAAGACGAGCUCGUACACGUUUCGACGAUGUUGCUGCGGCUGUACAAGGACUGGGGGAACGAUUCGCUAGGACCUGGGAAGGCAGACGGCGAGAGGAAUGGACAUGGAGGGUUUGGUGUGGUCGGGAGGGAGAACGUCUGGCGACGGGCGAAGCGGAUACCGGUCACGAAGUCGGGCGUGAGGGAGGUGCUGGCGCAGCUGGGAGCGGGAAACGGGGUAGAGUCCUCGCCGCGGUAG